GCACAUAUACUCUGGUUGAUUAUAAUCCUUUCUCCAGGACACAACUGAAGAAAUCCUUAGCAUUAUAAGCCCAUUACAACAGAGAACUGCUGUUCAUGAAGUCGAUACUGGUACAACUGAAAUCCCUGAACAGCAAGAAGCAACCAUCGUCCAAGCAGAAAUUCGCAGCGAAGAAACUGCAACAGAUGAUUUGACGAUGGAAGCCCAACCCAGAACUCCCAAAGCUCCGUGUGACGAACAAGCCGUCAUAGCCGAUGCUACUGCCGCUGCCCCAAUUGAGCCGAUCACACUCGGAUCGACCAUUGCUUCUUCCUUACAACAGGGCUUCAACAUUUCAGAUUUGCUCUCCUUUGACCCGGCAUCAAUGGGUCUGACUGCCCUUGGAGCAAAGGUACCAUCUUUACAGCAAUCGGCUAACUUGGCAGAUCAGCUUCAACUUAUCAAGGGUCUGCUCUCUGCUCCAAUCAGUACUCUGGUUGAUGAUUCCAUCAAGAUAAAAGAAAUCCUCGAGCAGAUAGAAUUCCAACUUCCAGAGUCACUUCGAGUCAAACUUUGGCCAGCUGGCCAUCUUCCUUUCUUUCGGGCAGAAGUGAAAGCAGCACAACAGAGAAUAGAAUUAAGGCAUUCUCAAAUUCCUCUGAAAGCUGACAUCGCUCAGAAGUGCAAACUGCUCAACCAAAAGAAAGCAACUCUGGAUGCCAAAGCUGACAUCUCCGAGAGUACAAGGCGGCUCAACCUCCUGGAAAAGGAACUGAUGGAACUAGAAGAAAAGAUCCACAGCACCCAAAGACUGAUCCAAGAGGAGAAAGCCUCGAUCGCAAACUCCAAGCAAGAAGCCCAAAAAAUGACCGAACAGAUACGAGCAGAAGCUACCUUCGUGCAUGAUAUGAUCUAA